GGAAAUGGCCUGUUUUUAAUCAUAUUUAUAUUAUAACUUUAUUACACUAAUUAUUUGUUAACCCCCAAUUCAUAAAAAUCUGGUUAUUUUAGGAAUUUUUGCAUAACCUAUGAUAAUGAAAUAUAUAAAUAUUAUUUAUAUGACAGUCCUUGCAAUUUUAAAAAAGAUGAGAUAAUUUCUGAUUCUCAAAGUUUCCACGGAUAGCAGACUUGACGUUAGAUUUGUGAAAAGCAAGCACAUGCUAUGUUGGCUUGCUCUACUUCGUGGUUGUGAAAUUUUAAUAAGUUUCCAAAAACUGACCCUUACACGUAGUCUUAAUUGCGGUCUCAAUUCUGACAUUUGCUAUUAAGAAAUUUAUUUAUACUGUUCGUUUAGACCUUACAGAGAUUAUGUUUCUUGUUUUCUUUAAAGAAAUUUGUGUAAAGCAACGAAAAUUAUCACCAUUUAUUUUUUUUAAACGGACAUUAUUUUCCAGUAAUUAUCUAUCUUGGUCAGUAGAACAAUCCAUUCCAUUUACAAAGGACUUCCUUUUCAGACAGUGUGUGCGUUAUCGUAAUAUUUCUUCUCCGUUCAAUCUAUGGCAUUUGUCUCUGUCACUCAAUUGUAAACUAUGGGACAGCAUAUAAAAAGAGGCCAGUGCCAUAGGAGCUUUAAUAAAAAAGUAACCACCAAAAAUAGAAGAACCUUCUAAGUGACUUGUGGAGUGCACAGUGCAGUGAUUUUUUUCUUUUUAGUGAAAAAAAAUUUUUAAAAGAAACGAUGGAGAAAAUGGAUCAUUACACAACCCUAGAAGUGAUGAUUCAGGGUCCAAAAAGAUGGCUUUUGGAAAGCAAUGCGGAACAAUUCAGAGAAUUGUGCAUCACAGGGUUGGCGUUAAGAGCAAGAGACAUUUUUAAUGGGGAGAGAGAUUCUCAUUCUCCAGUUUUUUUAAAUUUCAAUGGAGUACGGGCUAAAGUUCACGGUAUGGUGAAUGGAUACUGGAUACGACGCAUUGACUUGGACUUUAAUGAAAUUUUGAAUGAGGACAACUACACGGGCUUCCGUUUAUUUUUCCAAAUACCUAAUGAAUGGGUGAACAAUUGCUUUGAUCUUCAGAAAUUGACUGAUUUUCUGACAUUGGCGGCAGGAGUAAGGCGAUACGGACUUUUCAGUCCAAGUUCAUCAAUGGAGGACGAUGAGUAUUUCUUGGAACACUUGAAUGUCGUUGUAGAAGUAUUGGAAAUUCAGGAUUUCGUGUUCCUGUUAAAAAAACGUCCUGAUAUUGACAAUUUAUCGGGAGAUGAAUUUGAUUUUGACAUCAUAGAAGGUCCGGUUUCAAAUCCAGCAGAAACCGAAGAAUUUACAAUGAGUCAAAUGGACAUUGAUUUCCAUCCAACUCAAGGUGUCAAAAUUGAAGAAAUUGUGGUUAUAGAUGAGGAAAAUGAGGAGGAGGAGAGGCAAAGGGAGGUAAACGAAGCCACUAGUCUCCUGGAAGUAAUAAUUAAACAGGAACCACAGGAACCAGACGAUGAGGAGACUCAUUAUUAA